AUGGGAAAGCUUGGAUUUGCCCUUGCGGCUUUGGCCCUUCCAACAGCACUGGGAGCUCCUACAGCCUCCCGCAAAAGCUCCAGCUACGUCAACUGGCGACAGUUCAAAGCCCACGGAGCCAACCUCGGCGGAUGGCUGGUGCAGGAGUCCACCAUCAACAGCGCAUGGUGGGCUGAAUAUGCUGGAGGGGCUUCGGAUGAAUGGGGCUUCUGCGAGAACUUGGGUCAACAAUGCGGACCCGUCUUCGAGGAACACUAUGCCACUUGGAUCACCACCGCCGAUGUUGACAAGCUUGCGGAAGUCGGGAUCACUGCACUGCGAAUCCCUACUACCUACGCUGCCUGGAUCCAUUACCCCGGAUCCCAGCUCUACUCGGGCAACCAGACCAAGUAUCUGUCUGAGAUUGCCACGUAUGCUAUUGAACAAUAUGGCAUGCAUGUCAUUGUCGACAUUCAUGGACUGCCGGGAGGCACCAAUGGCUUGACGAUCGGCGAGGCGACUGGCCACUACGGCUGGUGGUACAACCAAACCAAUCUCGACUACUCCCUACAAGCAGUCGACGCGGUGAUCGACUACAUUCAGAAUUCCGGUCACCCCGAAUCCUAUAGCCUGGAACCCGCCAACGAAGCCGUCGACAACAGAGACUUCUCUGUCUUCGGUACCUCCGCCGCGCUGUCGGAUAAGGCAGCGGCCUGGCUCUUGAAAUACUACCAAGCCGUGAUCGACCACGUCGCCGCAGUGAACCCCAGCAUCCCCGUCAUGCUGCAGGAUAGCUUCAAGGGCGAGAGAUUCUGGUCCGGCAACUUCUCCACCAAUGCCAACAUCGUCUUCGAUUCUCACAACUACUGGUUUGACGAUACGAAUGCCACGUCCGUCACCCUGGCGAAAGACAUCUGCACCCGCGCUAAGGCCGUCGCGGGCGACGGCAAGUUCCCCGUCUUUGUCGGCGAAUGGGCCAUCCAGGCCGGUUCCAACAACACAUUCGCCCUGCGGGAACGCAAUCUCAACACCGGCCUGCAUGCCUUCCACCAGCACACCCAAGGCUCUUCUUACUGGACGGCCAAGUUCUAUGGAAAUGGUACCGUGAGCGGACAGGGUAACCAGACGGACUACUGGAAUUUCGAGGGCUUCAUCGAUCUGGGCCUGGUGCAUCUCGAUAGCAAGAACUAUAAAUGCGUGUAAGGCGUCUGCCUGGUGGUAGUGGAUGUCAUUUUGUAAAUAUGUUAUGCAGCGUGUGUCUAUAGAGCUCGGAG